AUGCGCCCGGCGCGCCCGGCGGGAGAAACUCGCGCUGCCUCCGCCUCUCGUGCCAGCGGACUGCGUCGAAACGUGUGGCCAUCUGGGGUAAAAGGGGUGCGGGGGUGCGGGGCGGCGAGCGAUUAUAUUUCAGCCCCUGCUCCUGCCCCCGAGUCGGCAGUGAACGCCCCCUGCCCCGACGUCAAGUUCCUCCCGGAGCUCUGCUCAGCCCGGCGAAAGUUGCUGCGCUUGCAGCUACCCCCCUGCUCUGCGUGCGUUAUUGCACCUAGCUACGCGCCGGGACGUCGUGCCGACGUCGCCGCCGCAGGGGGAGGCGAAGCCCUGGUAAUUACACGCAUUAAUGGCACUGUUUGCCCCGCCGCGCCGCGCCGCGUCGCGCUUAUGAGCCGCCCUCACCCGCCCCCACCACCACCCCAACCGCCCUCGCCGUCCCCGCGGCCGCCAUUCUUUUAA